GCUGGUCAGGCCCAAUAAUUUGAAGAAAACCAAAGUCACCGCCACGCUCAUAAGCCAAAAACCCUAGAUUCUUUUAUCCUUUCACUUAGUUGCUGCGACGCUAACAGGCAGACUCGGGGCCAGAUUUCAAGAUGAAGUUCAACAUUGCGAAUCCGACCACCGGUUGUCAGAAGAAGUUGGAGAUUGAUGACGACCAGAAGCUACGAGCAUUUUGGGACAAGAGGAUCUCUCAAGAGGUUCUUGGUGAUGCUUUGGGCGAGGAAUUCAAAGGCUAUGUGUUCAAAAUCACCGGAGGUUGUGACAAGCAAGGAUUUCCAAUGAAGCAAGGAGUGUUGACCCCUGGCCGUGUUCGUCUCCUGCUGCACAGAGGAACUCCUUGUUUCCGUGGAUAUGGAAGGCGCAAUGGAGAGCGAAGGAGGAAGUCUGUUCGUGGGUGCAUUGUCAGCCCAGACCUCUCUGUUCUGAAUUUGGUAAUUGUAAAGAAGGGUGAAAGUGAUUUACCAGGCCUGACCGACGUUGAAAAGCCAAGGAUGAGGGGCCCAAAGAGAGCUUCCAAAAUUCGCAAGCUGUUCAACCUGUCUAAGGAUGAUGAUGUGAGGAAGUAUGUCAACACAUAUAGGAGAACUUUUACAACUAAAGCUGGGAAAAAGGUGAGCAAGGCUCCUAAAAUCCAACGCCUGGUCACUCCCCUGACCCUCCAAAGAAAGAGAGCAAGGAUCGCAGAUAAGAAAAAGAGAAUUGCCAAAGCAAAAUCAGAGGCAGCGGAGUACCAGAAACUUCUCGCCUCCAGAUUGAAGGAGCAGAGAGAACGUCGGAGUGAGAGCUUGGCUAAGAGAAGAUCAAGACUUUCCAGUGCUACUAAACAAGCUGCCACAGCAUAAGCUUCUUUGAGACAGAUGAAGUUUAACCUUCGGCUCUAGCUUUUUGAUAUGUUGCUAUUUUGCUAUUCAAAUACUUUUCUUUUAAUAUUUCUUUUAUGCUUUGUUCGACAGUUUAAUGGAGUUGAUUUUUUUGUUCCGGUGGAAUCAGUAACCUUUUGUAGUUGAUAUUUAUAUUGUCAUUUUUACCCUCCCAACCAAAUGUUUGUCAUUAUGGUUUAUUGCCUUGAUAAGAAGCUGCAAAAGGACUUUAGGGUGUGAAUGUUUCUCUCAAAACAAUAGACUCUAUUGUGCAAA